GAAAGUGAAGGCAGUAAGGAGAAUGGGGUGAGAGGAGGAAGUGGGGUCGAAGGAAGAGAAAGGGGGCUGGAAGCCGGCAAGUCGCCCCCCACCGCCCUCCCGGGGCUGGAAGGCCCUGUCCCCUUUCCUGCAUUCCUGCAGCCCUUCCUUGCGCAGCGGGAACCAAGCUUGUCCGCGCUUUCUGCAGCCGGCGGCGCCCGCUCCGCUGCACUGUGUUCCCGGAGAUUUUCUGUGCGCUCCAGCGUGGAGAAGGGGCCCCGGGGCGAUGCCCCUCUGUUGAGCCGAGGGGCGUGAAGCUGGCGGGGCCCCGGGUGGCCGCGCGUGGCAGGAGGGGCCCAGCGGCGCCCGCCCUUGCGCUCGGCACGGCCGCGCUGGCCGCCUGCCCCCUGGCACCGCGCCGGGGCCGAGAGGAGCGAAUUGCGCGGCGCCUGCCGCGGGUGCCGGGGGAGCCCGCGGCGGGGUAGAAAGGGCCGGCCUCCCCGGCGAGCCCGCCACUCCCGCCGCAGCUGCUCGGUGUGCGCGCAUCGCGCUCCUGCCCCUCGCGCCCCGUCGAGCCCGCGGCCAUGGCCGCCUCCUCCGCGCGGCCCGCCGUCCUGGCCCUGACCGGGCUGGUCCUGCUCCUGCUGCUGUGCCUGGGCCCAGGUGGCACAAGUGGAAAUAAACUCAAGCUGAUGCUUCAAAAGCGGGAAGCAUCGGCUCCAACUAAGACCAAAGUGGCCGUCGACGAGAGCAAAGCAAAAGAGUUUUUAAGCGGCCUGAAGCGCCAGAAGCGCCAGCUGUGGGACCGGAGCCGGCCAGAAGUCCAGCAGUGGUAUCAGCAGUUCCUCUACAUGGGCUUCGAUGAAGCCAAAUUUGAAGAUGACAUCACAUAUUGGCUAAAUAGAGAUCGAAAUGGGCACGAAUAUUAUGGUGAUUACUACCAGCGUCACUAUGAUGAAGACGCAGCCAUCGGUCCCCGAAGCUCCUACAGUUUCAGGCACGGAGCCAGCGUCAACUACGAUGACUACUAGCUCUCGUUUCCGCACGAGAAGCCAACAGUGAUUUUCUCCACGGAUCUCACAGAGCUACACACCAUUGGGUUUCUGUUUUGCUUUACUUCAGCAAAUCUUUUCUACCUACCUUUUUAGAGCCUUCUGUGACCAGAAAGGAAGAGUUAAACAAAGGAGAAUAUAAUAAAUGCCUUUUGAUGUUUCAUGCAGGUACCUAAUGGUGCAGUGCAUUUCAUUUAAAGAUAGAAAUAAAAGCAUUUGGUUAAAAAACAAAACAAAACAAAACAAAACAAAAAAACUCUGUGCAAUCAUUUGGGUGAAAAUUAAGCUGGCAACAAUUUUCGUUCCCUGGAUGUUUCUGAGGUUGAAGCAUGGCCUGAGGGGCAGCUCUCCAUUAUCAUCCCAAACGUUACACCCCAGGCAAAGAACUGUACCAAGCAAGGGGUCUUCAAGUGUGUGAAAAUUCAGUCCACACUAAAUGCAGGAUAAAAUCAGGAAGAUGAUUUAAUUGAAAAUUAUUUAAGGUUACAGUAAGUGCUUUGGAGAAUUCUAAACACUUGACAGGUACCUGAGGCCUUUCUGGGUUCUAGGCAUUCAGCUGGAGCUGCACAUAUUUAAUAUGAUCAUCCAGGAAAUGAAGAGCAAAGGAAAAAAAAAAAGAAGUUUGGUUGAUUCCAGAGCCUCAGUCAUUUUACAAUUAAAACAAAACUUUAAUCUCUGAAUUCAGAAAGGAUUUAUAAAUAUAUUUCACAUCAUAUUUAAACAACUUGAGUCAUUGGAGGGAGAGAGCAAA